GAGCUGAUCGGUACCGCGCCAUUCGUAUCAGUUUUGUGCAAGUCGUCGUGGAAGUUGCUAGAAGUGCUCGAUCGUUUGUCUGUGGCGUUUUAAGUUUGGACGCUGAUAAGUAUGUGGUCGGUGAGGUUAGGCGUCCUGGCGUUGGUGCUGGGACUGUGUGGAGUGUCGGUACGGGCACAAAAUGCCACGACGGGCCCGAAGGUGCUUUGUUACUACAAUGGUAACAGCUCGUUGAAGGAAGGUCUCGGUAAAGUGACCGUGUCCGAUAUUGAGCUAGCGUUGCCGUUCUGUACGCAUCUUAUCUAUGGCUACGCAGGAGUGAACGUUGAAACAUACCGAUUGCGCUCGCUAAAUGAAGAUCUCGAUCUGGACUCGGGCAAGAGUCAUUAUCGGGCCGUGACGACCUUGAAAAGGCGUUACCCAGGGCUUAAAGUGCUCUUGAGCGUUGGCAACUAUUUUGACGUGGCUGAAGAAAAACCAUUCGAGAAGUAUCUAACAUUGCUGGAAUCGAGCGGAGCGCGCACUGCGUUCGUAAACAGUGCAUACUCGAUCCUGAAGACGUAUGAGUUCGAUGGGCUUGAUCUGGCCUGGCAGUUCCCGCAGACGAAACCGAAACGCAUUCGCGGAUGGACCGGUAACCUGUGGCAUGGAUUCAAGAAGCUAUUCACGGGCGAUAGCAUUCUCGACCCAAAGGCGGAUGAACAUCGGGAGGAGUUUACGGCACUGGUUCGUGACCUGAAGAACGCGUUCGUGCACGAUAAGUUCCAGCUCGGUUACACGCAGCUUCCGCACGUAAAUCAAACGAUGUUCCUGGACAUUCCACUGCUUAAGGAAAGCGUUGACUACGUCAAUAUCGCUGCUUACGACCAGCAAACACCGGAACGUAACCCGAAAGAGGGAGACUAUACGGCACCGAUCUACGAACCGAGCGACCGCGUCGUGGGUAACAAUGUGGACGAUAAGGUUAAGGCUUGGCAUUCGAAGGGCACACCGUUGGACAAGAUUAUCGUCGGUAUUGCAACGUACGCCCGUGGAUGGAAGCUUGGAGUUCUGUCGGGCGUUACCGGCGUUCCACCGAUUCCGGCCGAUGGUCCAUCACCACCCGGUCCGUACACCAACAUUCCCGGCUUCUACAGCUUCGGUGAGGUGUGUGCGAAGCUACCGAACCCGGGCAACGCAAAUCUGAAGGGUUCCGAAUAUCCAUUGCGAAAAAUUAACGAUCCAACCAAGCGAUUCGGUCCAUACGCGUUCCGUAUUUCGGAUGAGAACGAUGAGCACGGUAUAUGGCUGUCGUACGACGAUCCGGAAAGUGCCGGCAACAAGGCGGCGUACGUGAAGGCAAAGGGAUUGGGCGGUAUUUCGAUCAAUGAUCUGUCGUUGGAUGAUUUCCGUGGCACGUGCUCGGGCGAUAAGUUCCCGAUUCUACGUGCGGCCAAGUACCGGCUGUGAAUGGACCAAUGAAGACAUCCCAAUUAGUACGUGGUGUAGCUUUAACAAGGAUUAUACCAGAUUUCUACUCCAAACCAUGACAAAGUCAAGACAACUUGUUUUUUAUAUUCGAGAACCGGGAAUUCAUCACAAAUAAAAGCAUGAAACAAUA